AUGAUGAGGACUUACUCCUUCUUGACAGUUUUUCUUUGGAGCUGUAUGUUUCAUGCGAUUCAUAUGAUGCCAUCCCAAAAAAGGACUAACAAGCACUCACGCAAUGAAAGGAUAACAGGAUUGUCAGAGAAUGAUGGAAAAACACUGCACCGCACCAAGCGUGGUUGGAUGUGGAAUCAAUUUUUCUUGCUGGAGGAGUACACAGGUCCAGAUACUCAAUAUGUGGGCAAGCUACACACUGACCAAGAUAAAGGAGAUGGAAAUUUAAAAUACAUAUUAACAGGAGAUGGGGCUGGCAGUCUGUUCAUUAUAGAUGAAAAUACAGGAGAUAUUCAUGCUGCAAAGAAAUUGGACAGAGAAGAAAAGUCCCUGUAUGUGCUACGUGCCAAGGCUAUAGACAGAAAAACUGGAAGACAAGUGGAGCCAGAGUCUGAAUUUAUUAUUAAAAUCCACGAUAUCAAUGACAAUGAACCAAAAUUCACCAAGGACUUGUACACCGCCAGUAUUCCGGAGAUGUCUGGAGUUGGUACAUCUGUUAUUCAAGUGACAGCCACAGAUGCUGAUGAUGCCAACUAUGGAAACAGCGCCAAAGUGGUGUACAGCAUCCUCCAGGGACAGCCAUAUUUCUCAGUGGAUCCAGAAACAGGCUUAAUCAAGACUGCUUUACCUGACAUGAGCAGAGAAAACAAGGAACAGUAUCAAGUGGUUAUCCAGGCCAAAGACAUGGGAGGUCAGAUGGGAGGACUAUCAGGGACCACCACCGUGAACAUCACACUGACUGACGUCAACGACAAUCCACCUCGCUUCCCCCAGAGCACGUACCAGUUCAGCUCUCCCGAGUCUGCACCACCUGGGACUCCUCUUGGCAGAAUUAAAGCCAAUGACCCUGAUGUGGGUGAAAAUGCAGAGAUUGAGUAUAGCAUCUCCAAUGGGGAUGGAUCAGACAUGUUUGAUAUCGUCACUGACAAGGACACACAGGAAGGGAUUAUAACUGUCAAAAAGCAUCUGGAUUUUGAAAACAAGAUGUUAUACACCUUAAGAGUGGAAGCAACCAACACUCAUCCUGAUCCUCGUUUUCUUCAGCUGGGGCCAUUCAAAGACACAGCUUUGGUCAAAAUUUCUGUGGAAGACAUAGAUGAACCUCCAGUGUUCAGCAGACCCUGGUAUUUAAUAGAGGUAGAUGAAGAUGCCAAGGAAGGAAGCAUUAUUGGGCAGGUUUUAGCCCAAGAUCCGGAUAUAACAAAGAAUGCAAUAAAAUAUUCUGUGGAUCGACACACUGACCUUGACAGAAUAUUCAACAUCUAUUCAGGAAACGGAUCCUUAUUCAUCUCAAAGCCAGUUGAUCGGGAAGAAACUCCCUGGCACAACAUCACUGUCAUAGCAAGUGAAAUCAAUAAUCCUAAACAAAGUAGCCAGAUACCUGUCUUCAUCCGGAUUUUAGACAUAAAUGAUCAUGCACCAGAAUUUGCCAAAUACUAUGAAACAUUCGUUUGUGAAAAUGCAAAAGCAGGACAGCUGAUACAGACUGUGAGUGCAGUUGACAAAGAUGAGCCUCCUCGAGGACACAAAUUUUUCUUUGAGGUGGUACCAGAAUUUGCUGUUCAUCCAAACUUCUCCAUCGUAGACAACAAAGACAACACAGCAGGAAUUAUGACUAGAAGAAAUGGAUAUAGCCGUAGUAAGAUGAGUACCUAUCUCCUGCCAAUCAUAAUAUUUGACAAUGACUACCCGAUCCAGAGCAGCACUGGCACGCUGACCAUUCGAGUGUGUGCCUGCGACAGCCGAGGGAACAUGCAGUCCUGCAACGCUGAGGCCUUGCUCCUCCCUGCUGGCCUCAGCACAGGGGCACUGGUUGCCAUUCUCCUCUGCAUCAUUAUCCUGCUAGUAUUAGUUGUCUUGUUUACGGCUCUCAAGAGACAGAGGAAGAAAGAACCCUUGAUCAUCUCAAAGGAUGAUGUUCGGGACAACAUUGUGACCUACAAUGAUGAAGGAGGUGGGGAAGAAGACACUCAGGCUUUUGACAUUGGCACACUGAGAAAUCCAGAAGCAAGGGAGGAAAGUAAGAUGAGAAGAGAUGUUAUCCCAGAAACUAUAUUUCAGAUAAGACGGACCGCACCUCUUUGGGAAAACAUUGAUGUCCAAGAUUUUAUUCAUAGAAGGUUAAAGGAAAAUGAUUUAGACCCAGCUGCCCCUCCUUAUGAUUCACUAGCAACAUAUGCCUAUGAAGGAAAUGAUUCCAUAGCAAAUUCACUCAGCUCCCUGGAAUCGCUUACCACGGAGGGCAACCAAGACUAUGAUUACCUCAGUGACUGGGGACCUCGGUUUAAAAAACUAGCAGAUAUGUAUGGUGGAGAGGACAGUGAUCGAGACUGA